GGAUACCUGACGAAUUCCCAAACCAUGACAGCAAUGACUGAGGUUACAUGCUCUAGCUUGGCCCACAAUGACACAUGAGCCUGCAAACACAAUCAACCUGGACAGCCCGAUCCGAUCUAUUACCCGCCUGAUGUUCCCUUCGAAUUAUGGCUCCUUCUUCAGACUUUAGAAUCUCAUUGGCAGCCAAGAUCUGAUGAUUCUCACGGCCCGAAGCGUGCCUGGUGGAAAGCCGACACCGACACGCCAUCCGGUCUGGGGUGGGUCAGCUACCGCCGACCUGCGUUGGCACCAUGACACGUUGGGCACCAAGCAUGCAAACCCGAGCCGAAGCAGGUCUAGGAGCAUGCAAAGGUUUUAUGAGGCGGCCCCGAUAGGUUGA